AUGAAAUACGUCGCUAUUUUAGUCUUCGCCCUCAUGGCCAUCUCUUCAGCCUACGCUGGUGCCAUCGGUUUAGGAUGUUGCGGAGGAGCCGUUUUGGCAGCACCCGCUGUCGGAAUCCGUACUGUAGGAGUCGUUGGAGCCCCAGGCUUAGCUGUAGGAGGUUUGGGAUUGGGCGGAUUGGGACACGGCAGAGUACUGUUGGGUUAA